AUGCAGCCCCAAAGCCCCGAAAGCCUUCCUCCAGAGUGUUAUAAUGAUACCGAACUGAUUGAGCGAUUUCAACAAGGCGAUACCGCCGCGUUUGAUACGCUCUUUACCCGCUACCAGAAACGCACCUACCGCUUGGUGCAACGCUUCAUCUCAAACCGCGAAGAUGCCUUGGACCUCACGCAAGACGCAUUCAUACGCGCUUACCAAGGAUUAGGCGAUUUUAAGAGCCAGUGCCAGUUUUAUAGCUGGCUUUAUCGCAUCACGGUCAACCUCUGUAUCGAUUUUUUAAGAAAAAAAGCGAGAUCAGAAGUGCUCCUGUAUGAUUCCGAUGAAUCCGGGGAAUUGCCGAUGGCAAAUAUCGCUGACCCUCGUGCAGAGUCGCCAGCAAAAGCGGUUGAGAAUAAAGAGUUGAGAACCCACAUCCGGAAAGCAGUUCGCCGACUCCCACCAAAGCAACGGCAAAUCUUCAUUCUGCGACAUUGGGACGGGCUCUCGCUUAAAGAUAUUGCGGCAGUCGUUGGUAGAUCUGAUGGCACAGUCAAGGCGCAUCUGCUACACGCACAUCGUAAUCUCCGCAAACAUUUACGUCCCUACCUACAAGAAUCAGAUUCUUAG